UUUACUUCCACUUUUCAACAGAUAGUCUCAGUUCAACUUUGUGUGCAGCUCUUUGUGUCAAUUGCACCUGCAAAACAAAAAGUGUGAAAACCAAAACAGCUUUUCCUGCUUCACAGACUUUCACACCCUCAUCUGUUGCUACAUUUGCUCUACUUUCACCCACGGAAGUAUAGUGGCUGAGCUGCAAGGUGACAUGGAGGGUGAAGGGAGACUCAUCCAGUCCAUUUAUUAUGGGAGAAUUGGAAGUGAAGCCACAGAGAUGCUGCUGGAGAGGUUUGGACGUGACGGCAGCUUUCUGCUCAGAGACAGCGACACUGUGCGGGGAGCCUACUGCCUCUGUGUGAGAAAGGCGCCCUUUGUUCACACCUACAGACUGGUUCACACGUCUGCUGGGUGGUCUCUUCAGGAUUCAAGACAAAGACAGAGCUUCAGGACGCUGGAGACACUGAUAGAGAGCUACAGGGGGGGAACAGCCUCAGAUGUGAGUUUAGCCCCCCUUACAGACCCACUGGACAAAACACAGCUACGAGACCACAGCUUUGGACCAGAGUUUGUUUACAUGGAGAUGUCGACAUAAUGGCUGCAGCAUUUCUAUUUAUUAAGAGGACUGUGUUCCAGCUGGACUCACUUUACUGCACCAGAGAUGGAAAUAAUUUGUCAUUUAUCCUGUUUUUCAGAGAGCUUCAGUUCAGUUACAGUAUUUGCUGACUGUACAUAAGUGGAGCAUGAAAAUGUCAUGUUUUUCAAUGUAAAUACAGUCAGGUCCAUAAGUAUUUGGACAGUAAUGCUUAUAUGUUUUCAUCGGGGUUUGUCUGUCUGUCUGUCUGUUUGUCUGUUGGUAAGGUAACUCAA